ACAUAUGUUUUUUUUUUAAGAAUAAUAUUAGUUGGUUCAAAAAGGCAAAACUUUUGUUUUACUUUUGUAGUGUGCUCAUGUGUCACUCAAAUCACACGAUUUGAACAAAAUCGUGUUUUCCAUGUUCUUAUACUGUAAUUAAGACAUUUUCCAUAGUUUAAAUAAUUUCACCUGAAUACAGUUUAAAGCUUGCUGGAACACGGGCAGCCAAACUUGUGAUUUGUUGUGUAUCUCUUGCAAUGAAAUAAUGAAAUGUGUUGUAACACAAAGACCAAACAUUUCGAGCUUUGAAAAUGCAGUUAAUAAUAAUAAUAAUAGUAAUGUCACCAUGUUUUGUGUUUUGUCUUCUUGGAUGUCAAGUGUUUUGUUGUUCAUGCAUCACUGAAAAACCGGAUUACAAAUGUCAGGCGGCCGCCUUUGACGUUUGUUAGCUGUUGCCAUAGUAACUUCAUUCAUUUCGGCGGUUUCAGCAAAAGGCAUACACGUUGUUUCUUAACUUGCAGCCAAGAGGGGACAAGUGACCCACUACCCGUGUUGAAGGAUGUCUACUCGGGGAAAGAAUAUCCAUCUGAUCGGUGGAUCAACUCUGGAGAGUAUUAAUGUCAUACGGAACCACUCCAAGCUCUUCCGAGGAGAAUGCACGAGAUUGAUCGAGGAUUGCAGCAAAUCUUGCAAGCGCCUGGAGGAUGAUGACAGCGAGAGGCUGGAUCAACGCGUCCAGGACAUUCACUUUGUGAAGAAGGAGCUGGAGCUGAAGUUGGAGGAAAAUAUUUUGGAGACAGAUCAGCUUAUUGCACUACAGAACAGAGUGACGAAAGCCAUCGAGUCCUGCAAGGAGCCUCUUCGAGUCACUCUUCUCUGUAUAGAAGAGAGAAAUAAACCCGCUGAGAAGGUGAACGAUGAAGUAUGCAUGGAGCUGCUCAGGGAGGCUGACCUCACAAAGGGAGUUACGGCCCUCAUGCAGCGUGUCGUGAAGCAGAUCGCUGAACAAAUACGAUUGAACCAAUCGGCCAAAUUCACCCUUGAACAGGAUCUCAAGGAGAAAUAUGAGGCGCAGAACUUAGAUUCAUCCUGUGCCUCAAUGACCCCGCAUUCCCUCAUCAACACAGAGCAAACUUUAAAUGGCAAGGCAGUUUCCUCCAGUUCAUCUGUGACACCUGUACAGUGGGGCAACCACUCUGAUUUCAACAUCGCUAAGGCAGAGCAGCAGAAGAGAAACUCCAUCUCCCUGAGGGCCCUGGUGGAGUCUCUGCUGGCACAAACUGCAUCUGAUAUGCAAAAGCAAUUCCAGGCGACAUCAGCUGCCUUUCAAUUCAAUAUCAAGCAGCUCAAGACCGUCAAAAGCCACAUGGAGGACCAACUCACCAAGGUUUUGUCCGAGUUUGCCAGUCAGCAGAGAAACCGAGACGAUCUCUUGGUGGCAGUCACGGAGAAUGAGCAUUUCCUGAGUUUGGCUCAGGCGAGGCUGGAUGUGCGUCAGCAGAGGCCUCCAAAAGAGCAAUGCCAUGAUCCAGCACAAUCACAGCUCCUCGCCGAGGUCGGCCAGCUUGCCUGUCAAAUCAACAAGUUGCAUGAAACAGUGGAGCAGUCCGAAGAGCAGCAGAGGGCGCUGGUCCGCUGCCAGCUGGAGCUGCAACACAACAUUGAGGUCAAGGCCAGACUCCUCUACGUUGACGAUGUCAUCUGCGGCCAACUCAGGAAGCCGAUAGUCAUACACAACUUCUGACACCCUUUGUGUAAUUCUACAGUGUAGUUUAUCAAAACAUUUUCACAAAGAUUCAAGGUAUCUAUAUACAGUGCUCUCUAAAAGUAUUGAAACGGCAAGGUCAAUUUCUUUUUGUUGUUGCGGACUGAAGACAUUUGGGUUUCAGAU